GAUGGCAAUGGGCAAAACUUUCAGCUCUGUGUCAUUCAUUUUCUUGCUCUAUCUACUCGCUUCCGAAUCGCUUCCUGCAGAUGCAGCAGUGAAAAGAUACCAGUUUGAUAUUCAAGUGAAAAAUGUUAGCCGGUUAUGCCAUGCUAAACCUAUUGUCACUGUAAAUGGGAUGUUUCCGGGGCCAACCAUUUACGCUAGAGAAGGCGACAGAGUUCUCAUUAAUGUCACUAAUCAUGCACAAUACAACAUGUCUAUUCAUUGGCAUGGACUCAAACAGUUUCGCAAUGGAUGGGCGGAUGGACUGGCUUAUAUAACACAAUGUCCUAUACAGAGUGGGCAUACUUACACUUAUGAUUUUAAUGUAACAGGUCAGAGAGGGACACUCUGGUGGCAUGCACAUAUCUUUUGGCUAAGAGCCACUGUUUAUGGUGCAAUUGUGCUCAUGCCAAAACAAGGGACCCCUUUCCCUUUCCCUCAGCCUUACAGAGAAAAUAACAUAAUUUUAGGUGAAUGGUGGAAUAACGAUGUCGAAGAAAUCGUUAAACAAGGAAACAAGUUGGGGUUGCCACCAAAUACAUCCGAUGCUCACACCAUUAAUGGAAAGCCAGGGCCAUUGUUCCCAUGUUCCGAGAAACAUACAUUUGCAAUGGAGGUCGAACAAGGAAAGACUUAUCUCUUGAGAAUCAUCAAUGCUGCACUCAACGACGAACUUUUCUUUGCGGUCGCAGGCCAUAAUAUGACGGUGGUCGAAAUAGAUGCAGUUUAUACCAAACCGUUUACAACACAAGCAAUUUUAAUUGCACCAGGGCAGACCACAAAUGUUCUCAUUCAAGCUAACCAAGCACCUGGUAGAUAUUUCAUGGCUGCUAGGCCUUUCAUGGAUGCACCAUUGACGGUUGACAAUAAAACCGUGACGGCCAUACUUCAAUACAAGGGUAUUCCCAACACUGUCCUUCCAGUUCUUCCUCAGCUACCACUACCCAAUGAUACUGCCUUCGCCUUGAGCUACAAUGCCAAACUUAGGAGCCUCAACUCUCCAUUAUACCCUACAAAUGUUCCUCUUAAAGUUGACAGACAUCUUUUCUACACAAUUGGAUUAGGAAUCAACCAAUGCGCUACUUGCUUGAAUGGAACACAACUAACUGCAUCUUUGAACAACAUUACCUUUGUUAUGCCACGUACCGGCCUCCUUCAAGCUCAUUAUUUCAACAUCAAGGGAGUAUUUACCACGGAUUUCCCCGACCGCCCUCCGAAACCGUUCAAUUACACUGGCGCACCAUUGACUGCAAAUCUUGGCACUACUUUAGGCACCAGGCUAAGCAAGAUUUCAUUCAACUCGACAGUGGAGUUAGUACUACAGGAUACCAAUCUUCUAACUGUCGAAUCCCAUCCAUUCCAUCUUCAUGGUUACAAUUUCUUCAUCGUUGGGACUGGAAUCGGGAACUACGAUCCGGCCAAAGAUCCUGCCAAAUAUAACUUGGUUGAUCCUCCCGAAAGAAACACGGUGGGAGUACCAACAGGCGGAUGGACGGCCAUAAGGUUCAGGGCCGACAAUCCAGGAGUAUGGUUCAUGCACUGUCACUUGGAGCUUCAUACAGGGUGGGGUUUGAAGACAGCAUUUGUAGUAGAGAAUGGAAAGGGACCAAAUCUAUCCAUUUUGCCUCCUCCAAAAGACCUUUCUCCUUGUUAGCUGCUUCCACUUUUAUAAU